AUGGGAGGCACAGAUGAGUGUAAAACCAUGCUGGACGCUCUGAACAAAGUGACAGCGUGCUACAGGCACCUGGUGAUCGCGCUGGGCAGCACGUCGGACUCUCAGAACCUGCGAGAGGAACUCAAGAAGACCCGGAAGAAAGCCCAGGAGCUCGCGGUCGCCAACCGGAAUAAACUGACCGCGCUGCUCAAAGACAAGACCACCAGCAAGGACGACCGGGCUGAGUACGAGAGGCUAUGGGUGGUGUUUACCAGCAACAUGGAGCUGCUGGAAGUGGACAUGAAGCGGAGCCUGGAGAUAGGGCAGGAGUUCCCUCUCAAGGUGCCCACCAGACACCUCAUCCAGACGGGCAUGACCGGUAGCACCACCACGGUGGCCGCCAGGGCCAUGUCCGUGCAGAACAUGAAAUACGACGGGGACAGCAACAUCGACACUGCCGACCUGAAGGAGCUCCAGGCUGAGAUCACCCAGGUGGGCCAGAUGAUGGAGGAGAUGGAGAUGAAGGUGCAGGUGGCUCCGUGGGCCGUGGAGGCCAAGCAGGAGGCAGGCGCCGAGCUCAAAUCCACCCUGAGCGUCGGGAACUCCUCCGUGGGCGUCAUUUCCAUCUGCGAAGAGGAGCCCAAAGACGAGAUGGACGAAGGUGGCGACAAUAACGGAAUGAUCACGUGUGUCGCCGGGUUCAUAUUCGUCGCUAUUGUAGUAGUCGCCGGGAUUCUAGGAUACUUCGUAAUCGGUGGAUAG